AUGGCUCAGAUGCUUUCCUGCAACCCGAGAGACGGAAGCCCUGGAUACGAAUCAACCCUCGUCGCAUUGCUUCACUUUUUCUUCCUUCUUGCUCUGAGACAACUGCUCUCCCCUGCUACGGUCUUUCCCGUCUCCCCCGCCUGGAUCUGGACCUGCAUCUCAGAACCACCACCGCUUCUCUUAAUCGACCCAUUGGGAAUAACUGCCAACAUGGGAGGCUUCUACAUGCAGUACCUCGAGAGUCUUUGCCGGCGACGAGGAUGGAACGACCCUUCUUACGAGUGUUACCGCGAUCACAGCGGCUACACCUGCUUGGUUCUGGUCAACGGACGCGAGUACCAGACGGAUCUCGCGUAUCAAUCCGACUCGUUGGCCCAGGAAAACGCCGCCAUGCGUGCCUUCAUGGUGUGCCGCAACUUCUCCGUCAACGGCGGCAUGCUGGCUCGCAAUGGCAUCGUUCAGGGGCUUCCGGCCACUGAGCCUGCUCGCCGCUCCAAGAAGAGCCGCUACACAUCAUCCAGUCACAGCUCGCGAGACAGCCACCGUCGAUCUGGUCACCAUUCGAGCAGCAGCUCUACGGCCUCUUUCGACUAA